UAGAAGGCAGAGUCAUUGCGGAACUGUUCAAGGUGCCUCGCUUGCUAUAUAUUCAGUAGCCUGAAAGUCAAAUCCAAGUAUGCGAGGCUUAAAAUCAGCAAAAUGAAUCUGCCCGGCCUCUUCGCGACAUGAAAGACGAUAUGCCAGAUCCAAAGAUGAAAAGGCUGACAGAAUUUCUUUUUUGGGGAAUCAUUAUACUUUCGGAAUGCGGACUUUCGUCAAGUUGCAGCGAUAAAGGCACGUCCUCGGCAAUUGGAGUCAAUAUAACCUGCGACAGUUACUUGGAAUUGUACGUGGACGGCAAGCUUUUGGGUGGCGGUGCAACAAAUGUUACGAGCAAAGGUUUCUUUGUGUACCAGAUAAUGCCAAGAAGUCACGUGGUAGCUCUAAGUUGCAAAGCUUCCGCCCCACCAUGGGAGGGAGGUAUUUUGGGAUCGUUUGAAAACGGACUGGUCACCGACACCUCUUGGAAGUGCAUCACCACGGCCAGAUACGGAUGGAAUAUGAGAAAGUACCGAGAUGAUGAUUGGCCAAUGGCCUUGCCUUAUGGACCCAACAACAAGUCAACAUUACCUUGGGGAAGAAUACCAAGCAUCGACGAGAAAGCUGUUUGGAUUUGGUCUGCAGACAAUAAAGGGGACACUGAGGUUUACUGUCGGCACAGCCUUGUUGCUCCAUGUACCGAAGUAAAGUCAAACUUCUUCAAGGCACCAGAAUCUGGCAGAGACAUGGCCAUAGCAGGAUUUUCGCUCCUUCGGACAAAGGUUGCCAGCGCAGUGGAGUGUGGGCUCAAGUGUGGUCAGCGCAGCGCAUGCGCAUCAUUUGCAGUGGAGUACUCGGAUAGUCCUGGAUCUAAACUAUGUGAACUUAAUACAGUAAAGGCUACAAGUCAUCCUGAAAGUGUUGUAAGAAAGAAAGGCUUUCAAUAUUACGACGAAGCUGAGGUCUUCUAUUAGGGAAAAUUAAACUGAAAACUGCUAGAAGGAAGGCUGUUAGUAAAACUAACAUCCUAAAUCACGGAGCAAGGAAAAAACAAAAACAGGUCCAGCCGAUGUGCAAUGAGUCAAGGUAGACAUAUUUCCAAAGAUGAGCAACAUGCAGUAAUUUUUCUUUACAAACAAACUAUUCUCCGACACAUAA